UAGUGUAUGUGUGGAGUGAAUGUGAAUGCAUUGAAAGGCAUUGUAAGGCAUACGUUAGGCCUGUCUGUGUCUAUGCUGUAUAGCUGUGCCGGCAUUGAGAGCAUCGCAAGCAUUGAAAGCAUUGCUAAACUGCUAAACGUUUGCAAUUGUUUUGGUUUUGUUUCUUAACUUCAUUGAGAGUUGAAGAGUUGACCCCAACAUCACAUCCAAGUGAUCCACACAUGGAGAAGAGGAUUGAGUUGGAGAAGAGGGGCAGGAAUGCCAAUCAGGGAAAGGCAGUGGCGGAGGAGGUGGUGGCCAUUGCCGGCAUUAUACUCGUGAUGUCGGUGUUGGCAGUGGUGGUGACCACCUGGAAGUGGGCGACCACUGCAUGUCUAGUGUUGAUCAAAGACCUGAAUCUCGACAACUGCCGGAGCACUAACAUCGUUGGUCUCACCGAAGACUACUCCAUAUUAGAGAACUUGAGUCUAAUAAACGUAGGCCUGACCAGUUUAAAAGGCUUUCCCAAACUGCCAAACCUCAAGAAACUAGAGUUGAGUGACAAUAGGAUAUCUGGAGGACUGAACCUCUUGAGCGGAAGUCCUAAACUAACGCAUCUGAAUCUGAGUGGGAAUAAAAUCAAAGACAUCGAAACACUCAAACCAUUGGAAGAGUUCAAAAAUCUAAAGAGUUUGGAUUUAUUCAAUUGUGACGUGACUUCUGUCGAGAACUAUAGAGAGAAAGUGUUUGGUCUCAUCUCUUGUCUUAAGUAUUUGGAUGGCUUUGACAGAGAAGACAAAGAGGCGGAGGACUCGGAAGCGGAAGACGAGGAAGACCUCAAUGACGACGAGGACGGCAAUGAUAUCGGCGGCGAUAGUGAAGGCGAAGACUUCAAUCCCGACGGCGUUGACGACGAGGAAGAGGAAGAACUGGACGACGAGGAAGAAGAUGAAGAGUCGACAGCGAGGGGUCAGAAGCGGAAACUGCCAGACGAUGGCGAUCCCGGGGCUGAAUAG